AUGAGUUUCAUUUUAUUGAUUCCACUGUUAACUGAGCACUGGGUUACGUACUUACCAGAAUGUUAUUUUUGUCAGAUUUCCUUUACCAGCAUUCAAGGUACGCUGUAUGGUGGUGUAGUUGUCUAUGUUUUUCCGACAUGGAGCACAACAAUAAUUUAUACCUACAUUAUCAACUACAUGAAGAAAACAGCAGUUCAAUCUGUUUUACAAAAGCGUCAUCAAACAAAUCAACGAGAUCUUGUUGUUCUUCGUCGGAUCAUCGUCAUGUUAGGGAUAUUACUCACGUUGUGCUUUCCAACUGUUUUAACGUGGGUUAGUUUUGUUAUUAAUAAUAAUAUUGAUCCAAUUGGCUAUCGUAUUGGAUGGUUAAUAUUUGCUCUCUCAUUUGCAAUUUUGCCAAUAACACUCGCUUUGUUAACCUCUCAAACACGCCAACUAUUAAUGGCUCUCUGCUGUGCUCGACGGAAUCGUAUUCAACCAGUACAAGUGAUUACACAUCAAUAA